ACUUUGAGACCAAGAAUAUACAUUUCAACGUCUGUAUAAACAGCUCUAGAGCUUCAAAAGUAGAGCUCUCUGCUAUGCUGAAAACCAAAGAAGCAAAACACUAGUUUGAAGCUUCUCUCAGGACCUGGCUUCACAGAUAUUUCUAGGUCUUAUGUGGCCAUGGAAUGGUGCAUUUCGGGCAGUCGAAACAUGAAAAGCUAUGCAGAAAGCCGGUAUGAUCGGAUUGGGUCAUUCAAGGCACUGGUCAGUGCUGAGUCAAAGACACCGAGGUGGAGAUUGUUGUGGAGGAAGCUAGUGAAGACAAAGAGGAAGGUUUUUGACAGUUCAUCGUCGGCCCAGGUUUAUCUUACCUAUGAUCCUUAUACCUACUCUCAGAAUUUCGAUCAUGGCUUGGUGAUGUCCCACCCCGAUGACAGCUCCCGGUCUUUCUCCGCUAGGUUUGCUGUCCCUUCCAGGAUCUUUGAGAAGGGUGAAAUGGAGGAUUGACAUUUCGAUUUCACUUGUUUCCGCCGGAAAUAGUCUCCUUAUUUGAUCAGAAGUCAAAACGACGCUCGUGCUCAGGCAAGGGCAGCACCAAAAACAACUUGAUGGCAUCCAACUUAGUUGUCUCUUCCUAUGUCUGCCUGGCGUAGUUUUCUUUUUUCUUUUUUCUUUUUUUGGGUCAAAUAUGGCACCCAUUUCUAUGAGAUGCUUUUGGGCUGUGGGGCUGAUGCUGCACCGUCUGCCGGUUGCACAAGGUCCCAUCGCUCUCGUUAAUUAAAAAUUUGUACGCAGAUUUCAAUUGUUCAAACUUCUGGUCCACAGGGCAUUGU